AUGGCUACGGAUCAUGAGCCUGUCACUGAGAAGCCUAGUGGCUCUCCUUCAUCCAACCCUCCAGAUGAAUCAACACAAAACGCCAAAGAAGAAGAAUCACAAGCAGCAGCAAAGACACGGCCUGAAAGAACAGCCAAUUUCAAAGAUUACAUGCGAAUCUUCUCCUACGCAACAAAAUGGGAUUUCGUUGCAUAUGCUGCAGGGUUCUUCGCCAGCAUUGGUGCUGGAAUUACAGGUCAAUUCGUGGGCAACUUCACUGACUACUUUUUGCCCGGGAGCACAACUUCUCAAAAUGAAUUCAAUAGCAGCAUUGAUAAGUUGGCGCUGUAUAUGUUCUUCUUGUUCCUAGGGCGAUUUGUCCUUAACGCUAUUAAUAAGUUCGUUUUUCGCAUGAUAGGUAUCAGGUUGUCUUCAGCUAUCAGACUUCACUACCUACAAUCGCUCUUCGGUCAAUCUAUUCAUGUCCUUGAUUCAAUGCCCCCAGGAUAUGCCACUGGCACUAUUACUUCUACUGCCAACGUCCUGCAGCUGGGCAUAUCCGAGAAGCUGGGAAUCUUUGUCGAAUACAACUCAACUAUCGUGGCUGCGCUCAUUGUAGCAUUUGUAAAGAAUUGGUCCCUUACUCUGGUCACAUCUUCGAUCAUCUUGUAUCUUUUCCUCGUUCUUGGCACAUUUCUGCCCAUGAUACUCAAAGUCAAUGCCCUCCUCACCAAGGCCGAAGGCAGAGCUGGUGCAGUCGCCAGUGAAGCGCUGGCGAGUGUCAGAAUGGUAGCAGCUUGUGGCGCAGAAUCACGCAUUUCCAAGAAAUACGCUGCUUUUGUGGAAGAGACGAGGCAACAUGGCAAGCUCCUCUCUCCUCUUAUCGGAGGCCAACUUGGUUUUGUGUUUUUUGGCCUAUAUGCUGGGUUCGCCCUUUGCUUUUGGUAUGGCGCAAAGUCAUACUCGGAAGGUAGAUUGGAUAAUGUUGGAGACGUCCUUGUUGUGUUACUUUCUGUGAUGAUUGUCGUACUUUCACUGGAGCGCACAUCGACGCCGCUUCUUGCUGUCGGAAAAGCUACCGUUGCAGCUUGUGAAUUCUUUGUCGUCAUUGAUGCGCCUCAACCACCAAAGGGGCAUUUGAAAGAACCUGAAGUGUCGUCGACACAGGACAUCGUUUUUGAAGGGGUUACAUUCGCAUAUCCCAGCCGACCUCAUGUGAAAGUAUUAGAUGACCUUGACCUACGCCUCGAAGCCGGAAAGAUUAAUGCUGUGGUUGGACCAUCUGGAUCUGGCAAGAGUACAAUUGUCGGUUUGAUUCAGAGAUGGUAUACUCUACAGGAUCAGCACGUUUUGGCCAAAGUUAUCGAGAAGGAGAAAACGGGGGGAAAGAAGAACAAGAAGGCCGAGAGCGAAGAAGAUGACGAUUUGGCCAACCCGACCGAAACAGAAUCUGAAGAAAGGGGUCCUCCUAUUGAGGUUCGCGGACGCGUCACCACAUCGGGUCAGCUCUUGGAUGACAUCGAGCUUAAGUGGUGGAGAUCUCAAAUUGGACUCGUGCAGCAAGAGCCGUUUCUUUUCAACGACACGAUUUAUAACAACGUUGCAUUUGGAUUGAUUGGAACGCCAUGGGAAGAUGAGUCCGAAGAUAAGAAGAGGGAGUUGGUGAGGGAGGCAUGUCGAGAGGCCUUUGCCGAUGAAUUCAUUGACAGGUUACCCGACAAAUAUCAUUCUAUCGUCGGUGAUAGUGGAGCUAAACUCUCUGGCGGCCAGAGACAGCGCCUCGCGAUUGCUCGAUCUAUUGUACGAAAGCCAAGCAUCCUGAUCUUGGAUGAGGCUACAAGUGCUAUUGACGUACGGGGUGAACGUAUUGUUCAAGCAGCACUUGACAGAGUCGCCAAGAACCGGACUACGAUCACCAUCGCUCAUCGAUUAUCAACGAUCAAGAAGGCUGAUCGUAUCAUUGUUUUGAAGAAAGGCAAGGUCGUGGAAUCAGGAACACACGAUAGUCUCAUCACUGUUGAUGGUGGCGUCUACUCUGGUCUUGUUCACGCCCAAGCGCUGUCACUAGGAGAACCCACUGAGGCUGGAUAUGAGUCUGUUGAAUACGAGGAUAAGCCAACUCUUGCCAAUGUCCAGAGCGUUGCAGCUUCAGAGGUUGAAAUGAAUGCAGAGGUUGUCAAAGGAAAAAAAGGAAGCCCUUUCACCAGCUUCAGUCGGUUGUUCCUGGAGAGUAAAAACAUAUAUCCAGCUUUUGCUCUAACCCUCUUCGCUGCUGCCUGCGUUGGUUCGGGUGUACCAUUACAGGCCUGGAUCUUUGGCAAGAUCAUUGUCUCCUUUAACUAUAUAGGGACUGAUUCGGAUCGUUCAGAAAGCAAUUUCUGGGCCCUGAUGUUUGUUGUCCUGGCAGUAGGGGUGGGAGUCAGUUACUUUGUGGUGAUUUUUGUGGCAACCCGCAUGUCAGCAACCGUGCGAGCCAAAUAUCAACAGCAGUACUUUGACGCUGUCAUGUUCCAGAAGACAUCCUUUUUUGACCAUGAAGAUCAUUCUCAUGGGACAAUGACGUCCAGGUUGGGGACCGACCCAAAGCAGCUGGAAGAGAUGAUGGGAUUGAACAUGGCUAGUGUCUUUGUUGCCCUCUUCAACGUCACAGGGGCUGUCGCAAUCGCCUUCGCACACACCUGGAAGCUCGCAGUAGUUUCUUGUUGCGUUGUAUUGCCUGUCAUGAUUAUGUCGGCUUACUGGCGUUUCAAAUAUGAACUGGCCUUUGAAAAGAUGAACAACGACGUCUUCGCGGAAAGUUCAAAGUUCGCGUCAGAGUCAAUUGGGGCCUUCAGGACCGUCACUUCUUUGACACUGGAAGACUCGAUCUGCUUGCGAUACCAGAACCUACUCGAUGAACAUGUUGUUUCAGCAUACAAGAAGGCCAGAUGGGUGAGCAUACUCUUCGGCUUCUCUGAUAGCGCCAGCAUGGCUUGUCAAGCUCUCAACUUUUGGUGGGGAGGUCGCCUACUUUCCAGAUACGAGAUUGGGCUCGUUGCAUUCUUUGUCUGUUUUAUGGCGAUCACCAACGGCAGUGAAGCAGCUGGCCAGGCUCUCGGUUUCGGUCCUAAUGCUGCCCUUAGCUCAGCAGCCGCUGAUCGUAUCCUCAAGAUGAGAGAGAGCAGACCUCAGGAUAAGGUGUCAACCUCGCAAGAAAUCCCAGAUACCGACGGUGGGAUGUCAAUCGAGUUGGAUAAUAUCUACUUCAAGUACCCAACUAGAAGCACGCCUGUGUUUAAAGGACUGAGCCUCAAGAUUGAAAAGGGGCAGUUCGCAGCUCUUGUUGGCGCAUCUGGAUGCGGUAAAACAUCCAUCAUAUCACUGAUGGAGAGGUUCUAUGAUCUAGACAAGGGUCGAAUCCUGCUAAAUGGAAAGGAUUCCACUGACAUCAACUUGUAUGAAUACCGAAAGUACUUUUCUCUUGUUGCUCAGGAAGCCACCCUUUUUCAAGGUACUCUCAGAGAAAACAUCCUGCUUGGUGUCGAUCCUACGUCCAUCACAGAUGAGCAGCUGCACCAAGCUUGUCGUGAUGCUUCAAUCCACGACUUCAUAGUCUCUCUCCCGGAUGGGUUAAACACAAACGUUGGCUCUCGUGGUGUGUCACUUUCAGGUGGCCAGAAGCAGCGUGUGGCAAUUGCUCGUGCUCUUAUCCGCGAUCCCAAAGUUCUUCUACUUGACGAAGCAACGAGUUCCCUUGAUUCGGAAAGCGAAAAAUUGGUUCAGGCCGCGUUCGAAAGAGCUAGUGAGGGACGGACAAUGCUUGUUGUUGCACAUAGACUUGCGACUGUUCAGAAUGCCGAUGUCAUUUUCGUGCUAGGAGACGGACAGCUACUAGAACAAGGCAGCCACGUAGAGUUAUUGAGAAAACGGGGCGUCUAUUGGCAUAUGUGUCAAAGUCAAGCUUUGGACCGUUAG